CGUUGCCGUCCUCUCGUCUUCUCUCUCGCAAACCUUCGCGGGGCGGGCGCACAGUCCGGGGGCAGUUGUAUCAUCAGUGCUGCUUGUGCUCUGUUUUUUCACACGCGUGUGUACAUUGUCACAAACCUCCUGACUGAUGCUUUCUCGCCGCCUGUGUGCAUCUCUGCCCUCGGCGGGCAUGCACGCCUCUGUCUGUCGGUGUGUCUGUUCUUAUACACGUGUUACCCUUUCCGUACCAGUCAAUCCACGUGUCAAGCUCUCGAGAAGAAAUCUCGUCGCGCAGGCCAUCGUGCGUGCUGCGCGUGCGUGUCAUCAUUUCGCUCGUCUGUCCGACAUCUACCCCAGGUGUUUUUUGCUUAUUGAGUCUCUCUCUCCGCGAGUCUCUCGCUCUCUGCGAGUCUCUCCGCGAGCUGGCGCAACGCGGCCGCCUUCCGCAGCCUCUCUUGUGGUCGAUGAAACGGUCCUCCCUUCGGUAUUGACCAAGGAGGCUGUCGGCGGGCGGGUUGGUGCGGUGGAGCGAGAGUGGAGUACGCAGUACCUACCUACUUAUAUUUCCACAAGCGCGCCAAUAGAGUCUCACAGUAAGUCGGUUCAUCGUCCAGCAGGUGAGAGAGAGAGCGAGGAGCUGAAGGGACGCACGUGAACGAAAGCCUGAAGAGGAGAAGCUGGCAGGAGGAAGAAGAGGAAGGAAGAAAGAGGAGAGGGAGAGACACAAAGUAGGUAGAGGGAGAGGGAGAGGAGACGAUGGUGAAUGAUGUGUCUUGACUCUUUUGUCGUUCUUGCACUCAUCAUUCACACGGCUCGUACCUAAAUUCGUACGCGUGACACCCUGUAGUGAAUAUGGUCACGAAGUAGCAGUUCUCUCUAUCGGAAUGCCCCCCCUUGAUCGGUUCGGUAAUCGCACUCGUAACCAGAGUUAACGCACUCGUAACCAGAGUUAACGCACUCGUAAAAACGCAGUUUGCUCUUUGAGAAUGCCUUUCCCAUCCACUUCUUCCGUACCGAAGGGAAGGAGGUGAAGGGAGAAAUGGCCCCCUUUGAUCGGUUCGGUAAUCGCCUGCGCUGCGGACUCAGCCGCGCAUGAUAGCUUUUUGAAGGAAGAUGAGGUGACGUGGAUUGCAGUGAAGUUAAGUGAUAGGGGCUGCUGCCGACCCAUCUCCUCCUCACUAACUUCGCUGCAGCUUCUGAUGUGGUCAAUGAUUGGUCAAUGAUUGGUCGGAUGAUUGGUCGGAUGUUUGGUGGGAUUGCAGGAGAGCGCAUUCGUUGCGCAAUUUGACCGACACUGCCUGCCCAUCGCGUGUUAUAGUGUGCUCGUUCCUACCUCCAACUCUUAGCACUCUUCCGUUUAAUACCUGGUAGCGGCGGAAGUAGGUGGGUGAGCAAAAGCACAGGGUAUCAUCGGGAAGGGAGAUGCCGGUAAUCAAAAUGGAAGGAGUUAUGGUUUCGCGCCUUGGCUUGCCGAUGGACAUUGCGGCGGUAGCGGUCUCUUCAACGCUGGCGGCGGGAGGUGCAGGGUGCUCUGACGUCCUUUGUGAUAAGAGAGGCUCGACAAUGGUUCCGCGUGCAGUAGUGUCCAAGUGGGAUUGCCAUGGAGGAGCUGCCGCUGGUGACAGAUUCUCCUCCGCGGCUUUCUCCUUGACGUCAUCAUCUAUGCCCUCCACCUCGGUGCCGAAGGGAAUUUCCACGUGGCACCCGGUGAAGAAUUGUGGACUCUGUUGUUUUGGGUGGUCGGCUUCGGAUUGGGAACGGCAUGCGGAACGUUGUGUGUGCAAAGGUCCUCAUGGAUUACGAGCGUUGGUUUCGUCCUCUAGAGUAGGUCAGCGUACUUCCUCGACUGGCUUGCCAAUCAACGGGAGGAAGCGAGGAACGCCGUGCAGUGCUGCUCACUCUCCUGCGGCUGAAGCAGCAGACAUAGAUGGCGCUGGAACAGCGGUUGCAGUUUUCUCAGCCAGUGAUCGGAAUCGGAGCGGAGGUGUAUCCGUAGCAGCGAUUGCACCGAAGACGAGAACAAGACAAUCGGCCAAGGCAAUCAAUCUGGAGGGAUGGCUCGAAGAAUCGCUUGCAGAGAUAGUCAAGAACCUGCGGGACGCACCGUUCCUGCAAUUUGUGUUUGAUUCGUCUUCGAGUUGCGACACCCCAGUACAAGAGGUACGGUCGGUCAGACACCAGGUGCCGACCGAGUUUUUCCAAGACCCUGACAAAUGGGCUAGUGCAGACGAUACUGUUGCGAAGCUGUCCGGGUGUGCCGACGGCAUGAUCCUGGUGCAUAAGUUGCGGCAAGAGACGCUUACGAACGUUUAUGGCCCUCUUCGGUCGACCGAAGAGACGGGAAGUGAAGUGGCGCCAGAUGAUGAAGUGCAGGGUGACUCUUCGGAUCUCGAUCAGCCACACUCCUCCGGUAUGCCGAUCCAGGAAGGGAGGAAGUGGAGGCCCUGCUCUUCGCAGAGUAGUGGGGGAGAGUUACUGUGUGCGCGGAUGCCCAGGAGGGAAGGAAUGCAGGCUGAAGGGUAUCAGGGGGCAGGCGUUGGGAGCAGCAGUACGGAUAUCUGGGGCUUGGUUGUCCAGGGAAGAGAGAGUAAGCAUCACGCAUGUUACAUACUAAGGACCACGAGGGUCGUGGGUGAGUGCGGCACAUGCACACGGUUCAGCGUCGUUCGUGCCAAGUGCUUUGGCCCUUCUCUCCAUACGCAGCUGGAGAAUUCCUGGCUGAUGUAGGUACUAGGUGAGAAGACUAGGGGGGAAAGAAGAGAUAGGGAAGGAGGAAUGCGAGGGGAGGGGAGGGGAGGGAGUGUAAGUAUGUGGAGGAUAUCUUAGAUGGGAGAAGACGUGGCAUUGCAGUCGUCGUGCGGAGAAGGGGUAUCUUCUAAAAAUCUAAGGCGUCGAGAUUGUAUGCAGUUACUGCGGCUGCGGCUGGUGGUGGUGGUGGUGAAUCUGAUGAUCCUUGUUCUCAAGACAACGCGGUAAUGAUGAUGACGGUGUAAAUCGGAAAAAGAGGAUGAGGUGUUGGGGUCCGCGAAUUUUUGGAGUUCCAGUGUUGUAAAAGAGGGUCUGUACAGGUGAGAGGGUGAUGGCUGAUUUACCGGCUUGGCAGGCUGCAAGUGACCCACACGCAGCGCUUCUUAUCAGAAAGGCUUGUCUUGUGGGCUGUCCUGUCUAGUCCGCUGUGUAAAUCAAUGUACAGCGUGUGAGCGGGGGGCUAUUGACUGCAUGGAUAUGGGAAAGGAAGGGUUAAGGGAAUGCGCUUCAUGUGCGUUUGCUUGUUUGUUUGUUUGUUUGUCUUUGGUGUUUGUUUUUUUGUUUUUUUUUAUUCUUUUAUGUGAUAGUUUAAACCACCAGUACCGGCGAGGCUUCCCUAAGUUCUCUCCUGUACACACGGAGACGGUGCUUUCUGCGUACCGAUCUGCCUCCGGGCGGUUACUCUGAUCGGGAAAAUUUGUACAGGUGAGAAUUGUCCGCAUGAUAGUGGUGGUUUAAGGGGGCUGAGAAGGACAAAAGCAAAUGGAACGGAUUUAUUGGUUCCUUGUUUGUCUUUAAUCUUGGUUGGCGAGCAGGGACGACGAGGCAUACGCAGUCUGCUCUCUGUUUUUUUUUUUCUUUUUUCUUUUUUCUUUACCAUGUGCCUUUGCGGAAGCUGGUGAAGGUUUCAGACACAAUAAAUUAAAUCAGUCUGUCAAUCAGUUCAAAGGAAGGCUUCGCGAUCAGCAAUAUAGACCGCCGGUUCACCCGAAGCAAAGUACUGCGUUUGCCGGUAUUCGCAGUAAGUAAGAGCUUCUCGAUUCGGACCCGGGUCGGUAUAGAAAGGGGCAGACCACUUUGGACGGCGCGCAGUUGCAGGCUCGUGAGCCUUCUGAGGUAUAGCUUCGUCAACUUGGGCUUGUGUGAACUCGUCGUUUUAACGGUUACGACUCUGGAACGUGUGACGAGCUGCAAAGGCUGUGUGCUGCGGCUGCUGAUUAGCGGAUUUGUUAUAUUUUCAUCUAGAUGUGCAUAAGGUUAGGAACUUAGGAUUUAUAUAUGCAGAUAGGAUCGGGGUGUAAGUGGAUGGUGGUUUUCUCUGGUUUCUAGUGUAGGCGGGCUGUGGUUUUCUCUGGUUUCUAGCGUAGGUGGAUGGCGGUUUUCUACGGUUUCUAUGUGUAGGUAGCUCACUUUCUCUGAUGUCUUUGAGGGGUGGAAAGUUGUUUCCUUUCGGUUUGUUUUUUUAGUGGGGAUGCAGAGGGAACUGAAAUGGUAGGGGAUUGAAGAUGGUGAAAGAUAUGCAAUAGCUGCAGGCUGUGGCAAUUGAUGUUAAAACUACGGAAGUUAGUAGGAAAGGUGGUUUUACAGGAGGCGACACCUUGUGACACGCCCUGCAGGUGCCAGCCAAUGCGAAGGUUAUCAAGCUGUGGAGAACAGAUGGUUUAUGAUGAUGGUUCCACUCUUCUGUCCUUGGUAUUUGUUGAGCUGCUCGAGCAUAAUUGUGUAGAUUGGCUCUGAUGGCAUGCUUGCUGUAGAUAGGCAGAUAGCAUGGUUUAUGCAAACUGGGUGUGAAUCAGAUAGAUAGAUAGAUAGAUAGAUAGAUAGAUAGAUAGAUAGAGAUAGAGAGAUAGAUAGAUAGAUAGAUAGAGAGAGAGAGAGAGAGAGAGAGGAGGCUGAUGGGUGAACUUUACUGUGGACUGUUUUAAAUCCACCUUUGGUUGGUUUUCCCCAGUGAGAAAUGAAGUUAGAGACUGACAGAACCGACACUACUUUUGCAACUGCACGGGCAGAAUUUGGGAAGGGAUGGUGCAUGGGCACUCGUGACACGUUAUGGCACGGCACGUGCAAGACGGUGCAGCACUUUCUGCCACGGCACGUGCAACACUUCAGCUUUUUUUUAUAAUCAUUUGUACUACUUCAGUUGGACGGCGCACUCAAUUUUUGUCGAAGUGGCGCCAAUGGGUAGAGGUCGUUUAUUUUUUCCGGUCACUUGCUACUUCAAUUUACUUGUAAGGGAGAUAUAUUCAAAAGCUUGCCCUGCUGUUGAUCUAUGUUCAUCGGGCUUUCAGGAUGAAGCGUGAGAGUCGUUGAGAGCAUCAUGGAUAUUGUAUUACUUUCCAUUGCACUCAAAAGGUUGUGUUUGCUGAUGAUUUAUGUCCGCAUGGCGUUCAGGAUUAAGCCUGAGAGCCCUACAGAUCUUACCCAUUGCACAUUUAUUAUGAGAUAAUCGUUGGUUGUUUGCGUGCUGAACGUCU